AUCCCCGUUUCUCGUCGGCGUGCUGAUUUGAUUGUUCUUCCUGUUGCGAUUUUCUGCUGUUUGUUUGUUUGUUUGUUUCUUGUUUCUUCUAACCAUGGACGCAGGCUCCCACUCGAUCUCCUCCAGCAAGAGCAGCGCCGCCGCCGUGCAGCGCCCGCCGCUCCAGGAGGCCGGCUCCCGCCCCUACAUGCCACCGCUCAGCACCACCUCGCGCAACCCGUCGGCCAAGUGCUACGGAGACAGGUUCAUCCCGGACCGGUCAGCGAUGGACAUGGACAUGGCGCACUACCUGCUCACGGAGACCAAGAAGGACAAGGAGAACGCGGCGGCCAUCGCGGCGUCCCCGUCCAAGGAGGCCUACCGGAGGCUUCUCGCGGAGAAGCUGCUCAACAACCGGACGCGGAUCCUCGCCUUCAGGAACAAGCCGCCGGAGCCGGAGAACGUGUUUGCUGCCGACACGGUUUCUUCUCACCUACAGGCCAAGCCGGCCAAGCACAGGCGCUACAUUCCCCAGUCUGCCGAGAGGACUCUGGAUGCACCGGACCUCGUCGACGACUACUACCUCAACCUGAUGGACUGGGGCAGCAACGUGUUGUCCAUUGCGCUGAGCGACACCAUGUACUUGUGGGACGCCUCCAGUGGAUCAACAUCUGAGCUUGUGACAGUCGAGGAGGACAACGGCCCCAUCACCAGCGUCAGCUGGGCUCCUGAUGGCCGCCAUCUUGCUAUUGGACUCAACUCGUCUGACAUUCAGCUCUGGGACACCAGCUCCAACCGCCUGUUGAGAACACUGAAAGGUGUGCAUGAGUCAAGGGUCGGUUCGCUGGCAUGGAACAACAACGUCCUGACGACUGGCGGCAUGGACGGUAGGAUCGUGAACAACGACGUAAGGAUCAGGGACCAUGCCGUGCAGAUGUACCAGGGGCACAGCCAGGAGGUGUGCGGGCUCAAGUGGUCUGGCUCAGGGCAGCAACUGGCGAGCGGUGGCAACGACAACCUUUUGCACAUUUGGGACGUGUCGAUGGCAUCCUCCAUGCCGUCUGCAGGCCGCAACCAGUGGCUGCACCGGCUUGAGGACCACACGGCCGCUGUGAAGGCGCUCGCGUGGUGCCCAUUCCAGAGCAACCUGCUGGCAACUGGUGGUGGCGGUAGCGACCGCUGCAUCAAGUUCUGGAACACGCACACCGGUGCAUGCCUGAACUCUGUCGAUACUGGAUCACAGGUGUGCUCCCUUCUGUGGAACAAGAAUGAGAGAGAGCUGCUGAGUUCGCACGGAUUCACGCAGAACCAGCUCACAUUGUGGAAGUACCCUUCCAUGGUCAAGAUGGCUGAACUCACUGGCCAUACCUCCCGUGUUCUUUUCAUGGCACAGAGUCCUGAUGGUUGCACGGUAGCAUCUGCUGCUGCAGACGAGACCCUCCGCUUCUGGAACGUGUUUGGCACUCCUGAGGUAGCCAAGCCUGCACCAAAGGCUUCACACUCCGGCAUGUUCAGCAGCAGCUUCGCCCAUAUCCGAUAAGACGAACAAUGCGUUCUCUUGAACUCAUGGCUUCACACUCCGGCAUGUUCAGCAGCAGCUUUGCCCAUACGAUAAGACGAACAAUGCCAACAAUCUCUUGAACUCAUGGUCCUAUGGGCAGCUGUGUGUGUACAGAAAAUAGGCUAAAUACCUGGGUAUAUACUGCUGAUGUACUGACUUUACUGUGGAUAAGGAAAUAUACGGAUGGAGCCGCCGCAAUUCGGCUCCCGGGGACGUAGGCACAUUGCCGAACCUCGUUAACAAA